AUGGCGCACCAGUGGUUGAUUGCUGCGUUGCUGCUGUGCGGCCCGGCUGGGCUUUGGGCUCAAAAUCCUCCAAUUGGCCAGAAGGUCGCGUUCUCAGUGGCCUUGAAAACCGACAACCAGGCGGGCGGCGACCACGGGCCUUUCCCCAGUGAAACCAUCCUGGUGUUCAAAAGGGUGGUCACCAACAUCGGGAACCACUAUGACGACAGCACAGGCAUCUUCACGGCCCCCAUUAGAGGUCUCUACUUUGUCACCUUUACUGGGGCCGCCGGGUCAGAGGGGAGCAUGAACGCGGCGGUGAUGAAGGAUGGCGUCAACAUGUUCGCCGUUGACGACAACCAGAACAAGUUCAGUAGCGCCACCAACAGCAUGGUGCUGGAACUAGCUGCAGGGGAUAAGCUGUGGGUCACCUUGUGGCCCAACCAGAGGAUCUUUGACCAGAGCCGGCUCACCACCUUCAGCGGUUUCCUCAUCAGCCCACUCCCCUAAAUUUACUCAAGGCUGGCAGGAGCUCGUCUUCAAACAAGACAAGAAAAAAAAAAAUAAAG